ACACGAGGGUUUGUUUCAACCUUGAGGCUCUUACAUCUUGCUUUCUGGGAUCUGCGAGACAUACGCAACCGUCUUCGUGCUACUCAUCACAUCCUGGACCAUUUCAUCAAACUAUUAACGAGCAUACACGCCGUCAUCUUCAAUUACCGGGCCUCUCGAAAGAAAGUUCCAUCACUUACACGAGAUGGAAUCAGCCCAGCACAUGGAGGGCCCGUUGCCAUUUACCGACAACAAUAACACGUCUAUCCUGCGCAACUCCCAGCAAGAAUCACGUUCGAAGACCAGAUCUCAAUCCUCUAAGCCGCGAAGAAAACCACGGUCGUCAACGUCGGAUACCAAGGGCAAAUCUGUGUUGAAUGGCUCAGAUCGUGAACACGAGAGCGAAGCUGGAGAGGACCCCCGCGACUUCCUACCCAAAAACUCGAACUCAACCCAGUCUGGGCCAAGGCCUGGAAGAAGACGUCCUUCGGCAUCUAGAGCCACACCGGCGUCAGUACUGCCUGCGGGUGAUGAGCAUUUGGUAGACCCGGUGCCUCUCCGCCCGGGGGUCCCGUCACGACGAACGGCGCCGACGAAACUACCACAGCUCGGUGAGAGCACUACGUCCUCGCUUGCAUCGGACACCGAUACCACAAGUAGUUCUUCGUCAUCAAGUUUCCGGCCCUUGAGGCGUCCUCCCGUUCGUAGGCGUACAUCCAAAGAUCUCUCCCUGAGAGCACCGUUACGCGGGGUACCCGAGGAGGUUGGUAAGCUUCCACCUGGCGGUCCCGAUUUCUCUAUACCCUUGCCAGAGCGAACCAAGAACCCACGCGACAUCGUCCAUGAUGGCGAGCGAGGCUUCAUUGUAGAUCUGAAAGUCAACUUGGAGGUGGACAUCCAAAUCAGGGCAAAGCUCAUGGGCGAUUUGACGUUGUCAGUGUUGUAACGUGUGCUUUGGAUUCAUGGGGACCAAAUUUAAUGGAAACUUAUAACAUGGCAAUAUCUGCAAUGGCGCAUAAUGGAUGGCGAUGUAAUAUUAGGAGCGAAUGGGUUCGCGGCAACAGGCUCGGGUCGGCAGCACGUGGUUCAUGACACGGACGG